AUGAGACAUAAAAGUAUGUGAGUGUGUGUUUAACUGUGACAGCAUCACAAUAUGGCUGAGCAGGAGAUCCAAAAGAUCGGAGAAAAACUCCUGUCUAUCAGGGGCUUCGUCUUUCCUGAAAACAGCAAGGAUAGUCUCACGCCACAGUACAUGGACAGUCUGCAGACGUUCCAGAUCAGAGAUGAUGACGUGUAUGUUGUUACCUUUCCUAAAUCAGGUACGGUUUGGACUCAGCGCAUUCUGACGCUGCUGUAUGAGGACGAGUUCCCAGAAGCUGUGGAUCAGACUUCAUAUGACCGUAUGCCAUGGCUGGAGUUUCCCGAACCAGAGCAUGAUUAUCCCAAUCGUCGCUCCCCCCGCCUCUUCUGCUCCCACCUUCCUGAGCGCCUCAUGCCCCGUGGCCUACAGGGUAAAGCAAAAAUCAUAUAUGUGUGGAGGAACCCUAAAGACAUCAUGGUGUCCUACUUUCACUUUACUCACUACAUGAAAAUUUUUGAGCAUUCAGAGUCAUAUACUGCGGUGAUGGAUGAAUUCUUCAAUGGGCAGGUGCUUGGCGGCUGCUGGUUUGAUCACAUUAAAGGCUGGUACAUCAACAAGGACAAAUACAACAUCCUGUUUCUUAGCUAUGAGGAGAUGAGCAGGGACCUAAGAGGGGCCGUGUUAAAAAUUUGUGAGUUUUUGGAGAAGAAUGUGUCAGAUGAUGUCAUUGACAGCGUAGUGGAGAAAACAAGCUUCACCAACAUGAAGAAAGACCCAAAAGCCAACUACACAUUUUUACCUGAUGAUAUUGCAGAUUCUGGGAAAGGUGCUUUCCUCCGCAAAGGUACAGUGGGAGACUGGAAGAACUCUCUGACGGUGGCACAGAAUGAAUACUUUAACCGUGUUUAUCAGGAACGAAUGAAAGACCUGUCGCUGGACUUUGUGUGGGACCUUACUGACCUACAUGAUUAACACACUCUGAUUCUGAUUAAUGCUGUUAUUGCUACUGCAGAAAAACUUUAUACACUUUAUUUACCAUACUUGUUUGAUGUAUAUGGGCAAUGUAUAUUGCAAAGUAUACAUAAUUUGUGUAUCUAAAAUAAAUAGCUUAAAAUCUCAUAAUAUUGUUGUGUACAAUCUUUUUAAAUGGUGAUA